AUGGCAUGCCAGGCAUUCAGCGCCGACUCCUUCACCCCACUUUCAGGCGAUUCACCCUUGCCAAUCCUCAUGCACCACGCCUCUCCCGGUGACUGCCUGCCAGCCAGCUCCCAUGCUCACAGCAUGGUUUCCGCAGUAUCAUCUGGACUGUCCCUGGGUCAGCCCACCAAGCGCUCCCACAUGCAUCUGUCCACAUCCUCCUUCGGAAACGCCCCCCCCGGCCUACAUUACCCAGUCACCCCCUGUCACUACAGCAACCAGCAGGCCACCUACGGCAUGAUGGCAGCUCAGGAGAUGCUCUCUGCCAGUAUUUCUCAGACUCGUAUCCUGCAGACAUGUGGUGUCCCUCACCCCAACAUGGUAGGCAGUGGAAACCCAUUGCAAGGGUCUCUUACUCCUUGCUUGUACAAGUUUCCAGACCAUGGUCUAAGUAGUGGUUCGUGUGCACUAAGCCAUAGUUUCUCCACACUGCCCCCGGCCCUCCUCUCCACUGAUGAGGCCCCUGGGGGCCAGAGUAUUGGAGAGAUGAAAACUGACGGCCAGGGGAAGAGCAUGCGGGACCCGGAAGAUGUCCCUGCCAUAGACUCCCCGCAGAUACGAGAGCUGGAGAUGUUUGCCAAUGACUUCAAAAUACGGAGGAUCAAACUUGGCUACACACAGACUAAUGUAGGCGAGGCUCUUGCUGCAGUGCACGGCUCAGAGUUCAGCCAGACCACGAUCUGCCGCUUUGAAAAUCUACAGCUGAGCUUUAAGAACGCCUGCAAACUCAAGGCCAUUCUGGCUAAAUGGCUUGAUGAAGCUGAGCUGGCUGGUGCCUUGUACAAUGAUAAAAUAGGAAUGAAUGAGCGGAAGAGGAAAAGGAGAACAACUAUCAGCUUGGGAGCUAAGGAGGCUCUGGAGCACAGCUUUGUGGAAAAGAGUAAGCCAUCCUCCCAGGAAAUAGCCCGGAUAGCUAAAGGCCUCCAUUUGGAGAAGGAGGUGGUCAGAGUCUGGUUCUGCAACAGACGCCAAAGAGAAAAACGAGUCAAAACCAGCCUCAACCUCAGCUCCUGUUUGACCAAACUCAGCCCACACUGCAUCGUACAGAUGAGUAAAACACAACGACCAAUGACAUAG